UGUGGAAACGGUCAUCAAGAGCCCCUUGCAUCCCAUCUCGACUGCCACCAUUUCCUAUUUGACAAAAUGCCUGAGAUUGCUGAAGUUGCCCGGGUCGUCCAUUUUCUCCGCCUUCACCUCGUUGGGAAGACGAUCAAGAAUGUUGUUGCUGCCGACGAUACCAUUAUCUUUGGCAAGGUUGGGACGACCGGCGCUGCGGUUGCUGCUGCGUUGACUGGCAAGAAGGUCAUAUCUGCUGGAUCUCAAGGGAAAUACUUCUGGCUUGAACUAGAUCAGGCCCCCCAUCCCGUCAUGCACCUUGGAAUGACUGGCUGGGUGCAUAUCAAGGGGCAACGUACUUCAUACACUAGCUAUUACAAGAAACAGAAAGCCGAGGAGGAAGGCCAAUGGCCACCGAGGUUCUGGAAGUUCCACUUGGAGACCGAAGCUCCAGCAGUCGAAGUUGCCUUCACAGAUCCUCGACGGCUUGGCCGAGUACGACUGGUUGAUUGUCCCGGAAAGGACAUCCGGAAAUAUUCUCCCUUGGUUGAGAACGGACCGGACCCAGUCGUAGACACUGACAUCUUCACGGAAGAGUUCCUACGGCAGAAGAUGAAGUCCCGACACGUCCCAAUCAAAGCCUUGCUCCUCGACCAGACCACCCUCAGCGGAAUUGGUAACUGGGUCGGUGACGAGGUCCUGUAUCAGGCCAAGCUUCACCCGGAGCAAUACUGUGACGAAUUCAACGACGCCCAGACCAAAAAGUUGUACGAGUCGAUCCGUUACGUAUGCCAGGUAUCGGUUGAUAAGCUUGGUGAUUCGGAAGAGUUUCCCAAGGACUGGAUGUUUCACUACCGAUGGGCCAAUCGGCCGUCGGCACCAACCAGUCACUUGCCAAAUGGAGAGAAGCUCGCGUUCCUCAAGGUGGGCGGGAGAACGAGCUGUUAUGCCCCAGGCGUCCAGAAGAAGAGUGGCCAUGUCGCGCCAGGAGUAAAGGAAGAGCCAAUCGUGUCCGAUAGCGAGGGCGAGGAGAAGAAGAGGAAGACGAAGAAGAACACCAAAUCGAAGGCGCGGCACGAGGUAAAGGAAGAGAAGUCGGAGGAUGAUGGUGAAGAGCAACAGCCCCGAAAGAAGAAAAGAAAGGCUGGAAAUCCCGUUACCAACAAGGCUCAGGCAACGGAGGCCAAGACGUCUAAGACGCCAGAUACUCUUCAACAGCCAAACGGCGGUGGGGGCGGAAGGCGGUCAGGGAGACUCAGCGGGAAGGCGGCUUGAGUCUCAACCAUUGUGAGAUUGCAAGAACGAGCGCGACAAGCAACUGCGAUCUAGCAUUCUAUGAUUCGCAGGUGUCAUCGGGCUGUGGGGGCAAGCAAGAAAGAUACCUUUGUGGGAGACACGGUCAAACCAUUGUCACUAUUUGGGCAGGGCUGUUGGAUGAUCUUUUUAUUGUAUGCCAAUAUCAUCAGAAUUGGUCAAAUGCAAGUUUAUGGUUCCGACUCGACGCCGGGUGGGAAGGUCCC